AACACGUUAAACAGCCCAGCCUCCUUCAGCUCUGAGCCGACACAGACACCGUAUCACACCGCCGGAGUGAGCCGUCAUUUGGAUAAUAUCACCAUUUAUCUGCUAGAGGACGGAGUUUAUUACGAGCUGCGUUGUUUAAAGCGUGCGCUCGACAGUGCGUUGAGGAGCACACUCAUGCCAGACGAGGCGGGCCGGGUGGUAAGAACACUUUAAACUGGGACAGCGUGGAGGAGAGCAUCACGUUCAGCUGGUGGAGCAGAGAGCAGAGACUCAGGGAAAUGUCUGGCAGCAGUGGGAGAGGUCAUGGGGGUCUUAACCAACUAGGUGGAAUGUUUGUUAAUGGCCGCCCGCUUCCGGAGGUGAUCCGGCAACGCAUCGUGGACAUGGCACACCAAGGGGUCCGGCCCUGUGACAUCUCCCGGCAGCUCCGAGUCAGCCAUGGCUGCGUCAGCAAGAUCCUGGGACGUUACUACGAGACGGGCAGCAUCAAACCAGGCGUGAUCGGCGGCUCCAAACCCAAAGUGGCCACCCCGAAGGUUGUGGAUAAAAUCGCAGAGUACAAAAGGCAGAACCCCACUAUGUUCGCCUGGGAGAUCAGAGACAGGCUGCUGGCGGAGGGAGUGUGUGACAGCGACACGGUGCCUAGCGUGAGCUCCAUUAACAGAAUAAUUCGAACAAAGGUCCAGCAGCCAUUCAAUCUGCCUAUGGACGGAAAAGGCCUGAGUCCGGGACAAACCUUGAUCCCCAGUUCAGCAGUCACUCCUCCUGAAUCUCCACACUCAGACUCCUUGGGCUCCACCUACUCCAUCAGUGGCUUGUUAGGGAUUCCCCAACCCAGCGCCGAGGGCAAGAGGAGCCACGAUGACAGUGACCAGGAGAGUUGUCGGCACAGCGUAGACUCUCAGGGCAGUGGUGGCAUCCCAAGGAAACAGAUGAGAGUGGAUCACUUCUCGGCAGCCACACAACAUCUGGACUGUGGGUUCGAUCGUCACCAUUAUCCAGCGGACUCGUUCAGCUCCACAUCCGGAAGCAAAACAGAGCAGACUUUGUACCCGCUCUCCCUCAUCAAUGGCAGCCUAGAAGAAGCCAAGACAAGCCUUUCAACAUCCUCGUCUGCCAUUGGACGAAAUCUGACGGCACAUCAGAGCUACACAAUGGUGACAGAGCCCCUCCAGUCGCUGCCGCUCUGCCUAAAACAGGAAAUGUCCCCGGAAGUGACAAGCACAAGCCCCUCCCCAAACAUGGCAUCAUCCAACCUGGCAUUCGUAGAGCUGCAGGCGCUGCAGAAGCCUGUUUCUGUCAGCAGCAGCAGCUGCAGCAACUCCAACCAUUUCCCCAAUGCCUUCAACUCAUUCUCCCAUCAUGCACCUGUGUACGGGCAGUUCAGCAGUCAGCCUAUCAUCUCAGGGCGUGACAUGGUGAGCUCCACCCUGCCAGGUUACCCACCUCACAUCCCCUCCCCCGCUCAGACAGGUUACACCUCCUCGGCCAUCACGGGCAUGGUAGCAGCAGGUGCAGAGUACUCGGGUCAGACGUACAGCCACACACCGUACACCACGUACAGCGACGCCUGGAGGUUCACCAACUCCUCCAUACUGGGUUCACCCUAUUACUACAGCUCGGCCUCCCGCACCGCUCCUCCGUCUGCAGCCGCCUACGACCACCUCUAGUCCCCCUGACCUGAUGGACCCAAACUGGAGACUAUACAUCAGCUGAUUGAGGACCAAGGCAUGAAACUGGCUCUGCUGAUGAACCAGCGAAAUAUUCUCACCUCCUCCUCUGUUAUUUAUUUGUUGCUACUGACUCAUGCACGUUUACAAACUCCUAACACCUCCCAGGGCCACAUCAAGGUGCAUACUCUCCAACUUUAGAGCUCUUUAAUGCUGUUUUUGGCCAAAGACUUCCUUUCUGCAACAUGACAACACCGAUGCACAGAUAUGCAACCUCUUUAUACAGAACUAUGCCUGCUUUUUGUUUACAAUGCUCUUUAUUGUCCUAUCAUUUCAAUUAAUUCUUUUUUACUGGUUUCUGCUUACAUUUUACCAUAGAUUUAGAUUCUCAGAUCUUCCAAGUAGUAAAACACUUUAAUUCACAACUUCAACAGAAUCCCCCAUUCGGAAAUAAUUAAUGUUUUUGUCCAGCAAUAUGUACAUAAUGUAAAUGAUGAAUGACCUACGAGGAAGUGAUGCAAUUUUCUCUCAGAGAAUGAAUGAUGAUGGUGAUUUGGCUGCAACAAAAGCUUGAAAUACUGUUUGGUUUUGCGUCAGAUAAAUUGAGUUUGCUGUCAUGCUGAUGUUCUGAUGUUUGGUAAGAACUGUGACUAUUUUUUCUUAUACUGGUAUUAAUAUUAUUGCAGAUGUAAAUAAGGAAUUUCUAAAGAAUUAUUUUAAUUAAAGCAUGGCAAAUUUA